ACGAAACGGACACUAGUGACCAUUUUUUAGUGUGUUGAAUGAAUUAAAAAAUCCGACUCAAAUGAGAUGUCAUCCACAACUGACAACCCCCUCGGGUUCCUUGAUUUCAAUUCAAUUCAAAGAACGAAACAUAGAUGAGAGAGAAGAGGAUAUUGGAAUUAGAACACAAAAAACAAAAAAAUUCUUAAAAAAUUCAUCGAAAGGCGUUUUUACAGAUUCAAAUUCAAACAUGAUAUUUAACUUUUUAUAUAUUAAUAUAGCUUUUUAAGAAACAAAAACUUAUUAUAAUUAAAAACAAGAAAUAUAAAAGUUGACUUCAGAUCUAUCCCCAAACCCCAUUUCCAACACUACGGAUUUUUGUUGGGUUUUGUUGUUCUUGGUUAGAAAUGGAAAAGUACGAAAUUAUUAAGGAUUUGGGUUCAGGAAGUUUUGGUGUUGCUAAACUUUGUAGGAACAAACAAACCAAGGAGCUUGUGGCCAUAAAGUUCAUAGAACGGGGUCCUAAGGUCGAUGAGAACGUGGAAAGAGAGAUUAUGAACCAUCGAUCGCUUCGACAUCCAAAUGUCAUUCGUUUCAAGGAGGUUAUUUUAACUCCAACCCAUUUGGGUAUGGUGAUGGAAUAUGCCUCUGGGGGAGAACUUUUCGAAAUAAUUUGUAAUGGGGGUCGUUUUUCAGAAGAUGAGGCAAGAUAUUUCUUCCAACAAUUGAUUUCUGGAGUUAGUUAUUUUCAUUCAUUGGAAAUAUGUCAUAGAGAUUUGAAGCUAGACAAUAUUCUUUUAAAUGGAUACCCAGCCCCGCGCUUGAAGAUCUGUGAUUUCGGCUACUCCAAGUCAUGUCAAUUGUAUUCAAAACCAAAUAUAACAGUUGAUUUUAAGACAUACGCAGCGCCAAAAGAUCUAGCAAAAGAACAAUAUGAUGGAAAGUUAUACCCAUUGCAUUCAACACCAGAAACAAACGUUGGUUCUCCAACAUACGCAGCACCAGAGGUUCUAGUAGAAGGACGGUAUGAUGGAAAGAUUGCAGACGUGUGGUCGUGUGGAGUUACUCUCUAUAUUAUGUUGGUUGGUGCAUAUCCUUUUGAAGACCCGAGCGAACCUAAAAACUUCCAGAAAACUAUUACGCGAAUAAUGGCUGUACAGUACCAAAUACCAGACUAUGUUCAAAUAUCUCAAGAUUGUCGACAUCUACUCUCUUGUAUCUUUGUCCGUAAUCCCACGAGGAGAAUAUCGGUGAAAGAGAUCAAGAAUCACCCAUGGUUCUUAAAGAACUUGCCAAGAGAACUAUUAGAAUCAUCCCAAAGAAUAUAUUACCGGAGGAAUCAUCUAACCUUCUCUUCUCAAAGUGUGCAAGAAAUCAUGAAGAACCUGGAAGAGGCAAAAAACCCACCACCAUCAUCUACAAGAAUGAUCAGCUUUGGAGGGGGAACUGAAAAGGAUGACGAGGAAGAGCACGAAGAUGAAGAAUUAGAGCAAGAUGUAGAAGAGGAAGAUGAAGACGAGGAAGAUGAAGAUGAAGAAUCAGAGGAAGAUGAAGAAGAGGAAGAUGAAGAUGAGGAAGAUGAAGAUGAAGAUGAAGAUGAAGUUAAGGAAAAUGAAGAAGUGAAGCAAGAUGAAAGGGAGGAAGAUGAAGCAGAAGAUGAAGUGAAGGACGAUGAGAACAAUUGUACUAUACAGUAA